CAAGCUCCGCUUCCCGAAGUCUGAAAGGAAUGACGCAACAUCGCCCUGCAAAUUUGGGAAAUAAAAGCACCUGAGACAUUUCUUCUUUUCUCUUUUUCCGUUUCCACCCAUCUUUUAUAUAAUUUCAUAAUGUCUUCCGGUGUCGCUGUCAACGAUAAGUGUCUUGAAACUUUCCAAGAACUCAAGCUUCGCAAGAAGUACACCUACAUCAUGUACAAGUUGUCUGACGAUAACACUGAAAUCGUGAUUGACAAGACGGCCGAAUCUGCUUCUUACGAUGACUUGCUCAACGAAGUGCCCGAGAACGAGCCCCGUUACAUCGUAUUCGACUUUGAAUUUGAGAAGUCAGGAGAGGGUAUGAGAAAUAAGAUUGUCUUUAUUAACUGGACUCCCGACUCUGCCAGAAUCAAGUCCAAGAUGUUGUACGCCUCAAGCAAGGAUGCUAUUCGCAGAUCCUUGGUCGGUAUCGCUGUUGAGGCUCAGGCUACCGAUAUGGCAGAGAUCGCGUAUGAAAGCAUUCUCGAAAAGGUUGAUCGCAAGUAAUUUACUAAAUAGCAUUAACCCACCCCAAUUAAAACGCUGCUUUCGAAAUACAUUGAAUGUUCUCUUUCUUUGAUAUGAUAGUACUUCACUGGCUUCCCAGUAAAGUAGGACUGUCCCCAAG